GGUAGAGACUAACUGUACGUCACUUCCUGUUUAGAUAGUCGAAUGGCGGUGCAGGAAGUAGUUUAAACACGGUUUGGUUGCGAGCGUUGAUGCGACUGGCGCCAUGUACCGAGGCCCUAGGCCGCACCGAGGAGCGUAUCCUCCUGCAGCGUCUCGCGGCUUUGCUCCCCGCGGCCCGCCUCCUGCCAGUUCGUUUCCUAGCGCUCCGUACCGUAAUGAGCACGCGCGAGGCAGCAAUGGCUAUCCGCAUGGCUACCGUCGACACCCGGAGCAUCCGAGGAGGCGCUAUUCAUCACCAGGAAGAGGGUCGGCGGAAGAUUUCAGAGGCGAUGGGCCUCCCCCUAGAGACUACGGCCAUAGAUAUACCCCUUCACCCCCACAUGGUGGUCUCCCCACUGACCAUAGUCUUGUUAUAACUGUGGGUAACGAGUUGACAGGUUUAUCCCAGAGCGCAGGAGCAGAGAUUCCCUAUGCCAGAGAUUAUUCUCCACACCGGUCAAGCUACGAGGGCCAUGAUGAGCGUAGUUUAAGAAGGCGCAGUCAUAGUCGUUGUAGGAACAGGGGCUGGAGCCGCAGCCCAGACAGAAUUCAUAGCAGAAGUCGUCCUCGCAGCAGGAGCCGUAGUCGUGCAGUGAGCCGCAGCAGGGCACUGAGCCGAGGACGUAGCAGACCACGCAGCAGGAGUAGGAGUAGGACCCGGAGCAGGGGAAGGAGUAGAGCGAGGAGCAGGGCGAGGAGCAAGAGUAGACCGCGCAGCAGGAGCCGGAGCAGGGGGAGGAGCCGCAGCAGGGGGAGGAGUCGGAGCAGGGGAAGGAGCCGCAGCAGGGUAAGAAGUCGGACCAGGGGAAGGAGUCGGAGCCGCAGUGGCAGCAGCAGCAGUAGCUGUAGCAGCAGCAGCAGAAACAGCAAGGGAGAUAAGGAAGAUUUUAGAGAGCUUGAGAGGGCACGUCGACGUAAAGAACUGGAGGACAUGCUGACGAUGCCCACUAAAUCCAUCUUGAAAAAGAGAGUUGACUCCUCUGAAACUGAUUCUCCCAUGAUCGGACAGAGUACUGACUCUCCACAAGGGAAUUCAGGCAGUGGUCUGUCAAAGGAUGCGGAACAGUUAUUAUGUGCAGUGACUAAAAACAUGGACCCAGACUUACUGACAUCAGUGUUGGCUCGAAAUUCUAAUGCCAGUGCACUUGAAGAGCUCAUAAGCAAACUACAGCCUACCAAAGAGAGUGGGCAUGGGUUCCCUCUCCCUCAUGAAAGUAGCAGCCAAGAGAAUUCAGACCUCACCCAGCUUCUCAGUGUGAUGGCAGAGGCAGUAGCCCAACCACCAGACAAAAAGAAAAGCUUUGUAGAUAUUGAAGAUGAAGAGAAGUUCCUAUACGGGGAUGAAGAAGAGGAAGACAAAUUUCCAGCAAAAGAAAUGCCUAAAUCUGGACAAUGUAGCUUACUGGAUGUCUAUGCGAAAACUGGACCUGAUGCGCUGUAUCAUGAACCAAAGACUGGAGUAGUACAUGAGCCACAUAGGAAAGAAUAUGGACAUUCUUACAGUCAUGGACAUCCUGAAGAAGAUGAAAGUCAAAUAACUAAACAGAACAAAUAUUGGGAUAAGCACUAUUCUUCCGCAUUACCUGUGCAGCAUCUUGAUGAGGAACCUCAGAGUAACCCACCAGUAACUGAGUCUCAUGAUGCUCAAGUUAGGGCAGAAGUGGAGGAAUACGAGAAGAUACAAGACCUCCUCAAGACUAUUGGCCUUGACCUGGGUGUAGCUGAGAUCAGCAAGAUGGCUGCCAGGACGCAAGAACGCCUCCAAGGUAAGAAUCCUGGGAAGUCAUCUGUCAAAAGACACCAGUCUGACCAGAGACGCAGGAGCCACAGCAGGAGUUCCAGUAGCAAUAGCAGGAGUAGGAGUACCAGCAGGGGAAGCAGCUGCAGCAGAAGAAGCAGUCGCAGUCGGAGCAGCAGCUAUGAGCACACCUCAAGUCAUGGCAGGAAGAAGUCUGUUCCUCUUGAAAGACAUUCAUCGCGAUCUGAUAGUCAGAGUCAGAGGGAGGUUCGGCCUGGCACUAAAGCUGAAGAGAACCUGUGGACUAACACAGGUCCCCCGCCUCCUGAAGUUGUGAAUCCUGGAACAAAUAAUUUCCCAGCUCCCUCUGCCCAUCAGAUGCCUCCCUAUCCACAGCCACACACACGUGGACUUAUGCCUCCCAACUACCCUCCCCCUGGCUAUGAUCCUUAUGGGAACUACAUGCCAUAUAUGCCCCAAGGCUGGCCCAUGUACCCGCCCCCUAGUAUGCCGAUGCUGCCACAAACUCCCAUGGAUGACUACAGUUCCCCUGCCAUAGAUCGACCCUUCCUGAAAGUAAUCAAUACAGGGGCAAAUGAAGCUCAAGGGAUAGAUAAAAAAGGCUCAAAGGUAGACCCGUUACAGAGCAUGACAAUUGCAUGCAGUGGAAACCAGAGGAGGGUAAUUGAAGAAAAGAAUAAUGCCAAACAAAAGCAGAAGGUAACUGAAGAGCUUGAGAAGCUGAUGAAGGACAGAGAUUCCCGAAUGAAGAAAAAAGAGAGUCUAAUAAAAGAAUUGGAGACACUGCGAAAGCAGCAAGGGGAGCUCCUAAGGAAAAAGCGAAGGGAGAAAGAUGGUCACAAGGAUCCCAUACUUAUGGAGCUUGGCCGUCUUCAAGAGGAUGUGAUGGCCCAGAUAUCCGAUCUGCGCACUGAACAUGAGGCAGCAGAGAAGAAGUAUGAAGAACUAGUGAAGGUGGCAACAAUCCUGGGGCUGGACCACAAAAACCUUAGGAGCUCUGGGGAACAUGAUCAUGCCCCUUCUCAUAGCAACUCUAAAGAACCCAGAAGCCCAGAGAAAUCGAAAUCAGCCUCCAUCACAUCCACCGCUCAGGGUACCAAGUCAUCGACGCCAGGAACCAGCACCAGAUCGGAUUCAUUAGCUGAGAUAUUUGAGUACUAUGAUGCAGGAAACCACUGGUGCAAAAACUGCAACAUUACUAGUGGUUCCAUGUUUGAUUUUUUCACACACUUGCACAGCAAAAUGCACAGAAAGACUAUAGAUCCCUACGUCAGACCUUGGGCAUCAAAUUCCGAGCGUGAAAAGAAACACCCUACAGGCGAACUGAUUUCUAAACCAGCAAAAGGCUCUGAAUUUGUGUUACCUGUGAGGGGAUUUUUCUGCCAGUUGUGUAAAGAGUUUUUUGGUGAUCCUAUUUGUGCAGAGGCCCAUGUUAUAUGCCAUGCACACAAUGAGAAGUAUAAGAAACAAAUGUACGAGAACCCUCUUUAUGAACAAAGGAGGAACCUGGAUCGCCAAGCUGGCAUGGAGAGCGAAAAAAAGCAGACUGAGCACAAACGAAAGCGUGAAGAUGAUGACUCCCAGGAUGAGCAGAAAAACUCCAAGUCCAGCAAAGAUCAAGUGAAAAAGCCCAAAUGCAAGAAUGAAGAAGAGGAUAGACCCAAAUACAUCAAGGAAGAGGAACAAAAAGUAAAACAUGUCAAAGAGGAAGAGAAUAAACCUAAAUGUAAGAAAGAGGAGGCUGAGCGGACCAAAUGUAGAAGAGAAGAGGAAGAGAGGACUAGGUAUACAAAGGAAGAAGGGGAGAGAAACAAGUUUAGAAAGGAAGAGGAAGAGAGGUACAGACAGAAGAAAGCGGAUGAUGAGAGGUACAAGUAUGAAGAAGACAAAUAUAGAUACAAAGAAGAAAAUCGGUACAAGUACAGAGAAGAUAAUGAGAAGUAUAGGUACAGGAAGGAAGAUGAAAAAUCUAGGUAUCGGAAAGAGGAUGACAAGAAAUACAAAUAUGGUCAUGAAACUGAGGAAGACAGGAGACCAAAAUACAGGGAGGAAGAGUGUUCAAGGUUGCCAAAAUCAAAAUGGGAGGAAGAAGAUGAGGAGGAGGAAGAGAGGCCCAAAUAUGGGAAAAGGGAGGAUAAAAAGCAACACCCAAAAGGAGGCCGCAAAGAUGAGAGAGAGAAGUCUUCUUUGAAAGAUGCUAAGACUGAUCCCGAGAAGCCUAGUGAGCUCCCUAAGGUUCUUUGUGGGCCAAGUCCAGCCAUGCUUGCAAAACUUCGCAAAAAGAACGAGGAGGCCACUUCACGUCCUGCCUUUGGAAAAUUCACUUGGAAAAAGCCUGAAAAGACUGCACUGGAGAAGGAAGCAGAGAAAAUUGCAGAACAAUUUAUGAAGGAAGAUGAGGAGAGUGUUGUAGCUGCAGCAGCAAGUAAAGACACUGAGGAUCAGGAUGCUUUUGCCAAGUCUGUGGCUGCUGCUAAGAGUAUUGCUAUCAAACUGUCAGGUAAAACAGCCAUUGCCCCUUCCGAAGAAUGGGUAGCCUAUAACCAGAUUAAAAAUCGUCCUAAUUUGCCCACUCCUUCUAAUAUUCUGAGAAAGUCCAAUGUUGGGCUCCAGAACAAGCCAGUUUCUGCUGACAUACCCCCCUUAGCUGUACCAACCAUGGAUGCAAGCAGCAAAUCUUCUGAAACUGUGAUAAAAAACCAGGCAGAGAAUGAAGACGUUCUGUCAACUGAUCUAAUCUCGAAGGCAUUUGGAGGUGAGGAGGUGCAAUUGGAAAUUCCAGGUGAUAACUCAUCCAGUCUUAUAUCUGCUUCUGUCUCCAUACCAACUACUUCAACUGUAACAACUCCAUCAUCCACAGUGCAGGAGGUGGAGGCUGUUGAGGUAAAAGCUCCUACUGAAUGUAUGAUUACUCUUGAGACUGAUGUGGCUGCUCCUGGAGUACCUGAGGAGGAACACAAACUAACAGUCAUGGUCCGUCCUCCUCCUCAAAUUCAGACCCUCAGUAGUUACUCUUCUUCAAAAAAAGACAAGCCAAAAACAAGUCUGGCUGCAGCAAAAGCAAAAGACUUGUUUGACAUUUUUUAUGGCGGCAGCACUAUGGCUAGCUGCAGUGGUUCUAGUGCUGGCAAUAAGAUUGGCUGUAAACAAGACUCUAAAGCUGUUUCAGGAAGAUUGGUGACCACUUUAGAUAAAGAAUCAACAAAGGAGCAGGAUCCAAACACUGAACACUUACCUGAGGUCUCCAGCUUGAAGUGUGAGGAGCCAUUUGAGGACAGAGGAGCACAGUCUGAACCACCAACUUUUGAUCUUGAAGUAGAACCACUUGUGGACUCAAAAACUGAAGAGCAUGGUGGAAGUAUGGAAAUGGCAACAGUUGAUUGCAAGAAUGAAGCAGAUUCUCUGGACUGUUUAGCCAAUUCAGAAAUCAUGGAGAACAUUGAGAUGAUGGGAACAAAUGAUAACCAAAAUCCUCUGGACUCUGAAGAGGCAAUGACUCUUUCGUUCUCCCCACCACCAGGUUCUUUUACAGAGCAACUGAACUUGGACACAUUUGAGUUCAGUUUUGACUCUUUGUAAAGAAGCUCCAUCCAGUAGGUGUAGGGAUGUGCAUGAAACCUAUGAAUGUUUCAGUAACAUUGAUCUGAAAACUUUUUAUUUGUAUUAUUUGGUUGAGAUGUUUCAUGUAUCUUCUUAAACUUUUUGGCAGGUAAUGCCAGUGAAAUGAUGGACUGACAAGCACUCAUUCUGAAGGAAAGGAGAUUCCACUGAAAGAAUGAGCAUUUUCUCCACAAGUAAUGAAUCAUUAGCAUAUGUAAAAUGUUGCACAGUUUUUGUUAAAAGUACAGGGUUUUGAACUCCCUGCUUUUUCUUGCUUUGUUUGCAGCUGAUACAGUUCCUUUAAAAAAAGAAAGGUAAUGUAGACCAUCAUUUUAUAUAAUCUGUUUGAGAGUGAUUUAAGUUCAAGUCUAAAUCCAUUAAUCCUUCCACUUAAGUAAAUCAAAGAUAUUUUAAUACAGGAACCAGAGAGAUCCAAGGUCAGAAGAGAAAAAGAAUUGGUGUGGAGCUCACGCUACAAGGACAAAAAUGUCUUGAAAUACAUUUGUACUUUUGAGUCCAGCAUAAGCCUUUCUCUUAACAGCUCUUGUGAGAACUGAUACAAAUUUGAGAUUAUGGUCCUGUACCCUGUUAGUUGAAAUACUGUACACUGUUCUAUAUUACUAUUGGUUGUUCUGUAGUUUCUGGUGUAUAAGGUCUAGUUCAAAUAAAUUUCAGUGACCACAUUUUUGUGUAUUAAUCAUAUCUAGAUAUUAAUAGUAAUUGCUACUCAUUAGUGGAAAUAUAUCUGUGAUAUAUUUUAGAUGCUGUACUUGAGUAAUGUUUCUUUUUUAUCAUGUCAGUGUAAGUAUAUGUGCCUGUGUAUAGCUUUUUCUGUCCACUGCUUUGAACUGUUUUUUCAGUUGUGUCUCCUUGUUCCCUAGAAUGUAUAGCUGUACAUCUUAUUUGCUAUCAUUUAUUACAACAGUCUAGGAAA